AUGGACGAAACGGAAGUAACGCAACGUAGCAAAAGCGUGGCUACAAAGGAAGGACUUAUGACAGAAGACACAACCUUAAUUAGUACUUCGACAGGAAUCAAGACAAAGACUAAGAGACGACUCUAUACGUGGGAUGAGAUUCCGGAAUGGCAGCGCGACAAUGAACACAUUCGAAGCGGGUACGUCAGCGAGACCAAAAGCCUCAAAGAAUGCUUUUGUAGCCUGUUCUAUCUGCACAAUGAAUCUGUGAAUAUCUACACACAUUUUUUGCCCGGACUUUGCUUUCUUGGCGUGGUCCUGUUCGAUAAUUAUGCCAUAAAGAAAUACGAUACAACGACCUGGAUCGAUUAUGCGAUGAUAGACUUUUUUUUCCUGGGCGGCUUUACCUGUUUGAUGAUGAGUAGUCUCUUCCACUGCCUCAAAUGCCAUUCGAUUGAAGUUGCUACUUUUGGCAACAAGCUUGACUAUCUGGGGAUCGUGGCUCUAGUAGUCUCAUCGAUGGUGAGUCUCUUAUAUUAUGGUUUCCAUGAUAAUAAGCCCUACUUUUUUACAUUUUCUGGCCUAACAGUCCUGUUUGGAGCCUGUUGCACCGUGGCAUCUCUAAAAGAGCGUUUCCGUUCAAGAGAAUGGCGAGCUUACAGAGCAGCACUAUUUGUGGCUUUCGGGCUUUCUGCGCUGCUUCCCGUCAUUGCUGGCCUCAUACGUUAUGGAUUUGAGGAAACAUGCGCAAGAAUACAACUCAAAUGGAUUGUCUUGGAAGGGAUUUUUUACAUCACAGGCGCAGUCCUAUACGGAACUCGAUUUCCCGAAUGUCUCUCACCAGGUAUUUUUGACAUAUGGGGCAAUUCUCAUCAGAUAUUUCACGUUCUGGUUGUAGUGGCUGCCUUGUGUCAUUUGAAAGCGCUUCUUCGCACUUAUGAGCUGGUUCAUUCGACCGGGUUAGGAACGCACAGUUUUUGA